CAUUGCCCAUUGUGCUUUGGUAGUCACAACUGGAAAAAUAAUAAUAGCUCCUCUAAUCCUGAUGCAAUUGUUUGCAUCAAUGCUUGCUUUUCCCAGAAAUGUAGAAGAAGUCAACAGGAUGAUCCAGUAAACCCUACAGGUUCAGUUUUUCUGUCACAAGAAGACAUUGAUACUAUGGAAUGUGAGGUUGAAAGUUUGAGAAGGACAAAGGCAUCAAUGCAAAAGAGGAGUGGUCAGUCUUCUAAGAAGAGUUGUGGAGAUGAGGAUAGAUUUGAGCAGAGUACGAGGAUACCACCAUCAGCCCUCAAGAGUUGUAAUGAAUCCUUCACUGCAGCUGAUGAAAGAUGUCAGAAAGCAAGUACCCAAUUCUUUUCAGAUACUGGAGUUAUGGCCCUACUCUGUCGUCAUGAUUGUGUUAUUCACCUUGCCAACAUGACUUCAGCAGGGGAGAAGCAACAUUUGCACUUGCCCUUAUCAAAUCAUUAUUCAGUCACCUCCCUGAUGAUUUUCACAGUGGGCUGUUAUUGUUAA